GGGGCGGGCACGGUGUCCCAGGAGGACAGAGUUUGCAUUGAUGAAAACCCUUCCCAGCUCUUUGAGGCCUCUUUCCCGCUGCCUGAGCCCAGCCGCCUAGUCCUCUGUGUCCCAUAAGACUGCUCACUCCCUGCCAGGAUGGCAUCUUGUCUGGCCCUGCGCGUGGCGCUGCUGCUCAUCUCUGGGGUCCUGGCCCCUGCGGUGCUCACAGCAGAGGGUCCCCAGGAGCCCGAUCCCACCCUGUGGAACGAGCCUAUUGAAUUGCCCUCUGGUGAAGGUCCCCUGGAGAGCACAAGCCACAACCAGGAAUUUGCUGUCUCUGGCCCUCCGUUCCCCACCUCUGCUCCAGCACCAGAGGACAGCACCCCUCCUGCCAGGGUGGACCAGGAUGGAGGAUCGCUUGGACCAGGCGCCAUUGCAGCCAUCGUGAUCGCUGCCCUGCUGGCUACCUGCGUGGUGCUGGCACUCGUGGUCGUCGCGCUAAGGAAGUUUUCCGCUUCUUGAAGCCAAUAAAGGAGCCGCACAGGCCCGCCCGCGGCGACUCUGCA